AUGGAUCUGGUCGCGGGUGUCCGCAAGGAAGGCAGCCGUGGCGGCCGCAACGAGUUCAAAUGGUCCGAUGUCAAGGACUCCACCCACCGCGAGAACUACCUGGGCCACUCGUUGAUGGCCCCUGUCGGGCGGUGGCAGCAGGGUCGCGAUCUACAGUGGUACGCCAAGGGCGAUGUAGACGACGAAGAAGAACGCAUCCGAAAGGAGCGCGAGGAGCGCGAGCAGGUCAAGAAGGCCGAGGAGGAGGCCAUGGCGCGCGCGCUGGGACUUCCGCUGCCUCCAACGGCCGAGGGGGGUAAUGCGAAUAUGGUGCCGCUGGGUGGACCGCCCAAAGAGGGAGAAGGAGAAAGGUCAGAAGAGAGGAAAAGACGUCGCAGUCGGAGUCCUCGGCGGGAUGGACGGAGAGACCGCAGUCGCGAUGGGAGAGGUCGGGAUAAAGAGCGCAGGCAUCGGAGGCGUCGCGACAAGGAUGAGGACCGGUAUCACCGUAGCCGGAGAUCGAGGUCUCGUGGCAGAGACCCAGAUCGACACAGGCGGCGAUCUCGCUCACGGUCUAGGAGUCCCCAUGCCAGGAAAGAAGAUCACAGAAGCCGUCGGAUGGACCGCUCUUACUCGCCUGGUGAACGCCGUCGGCACCAUGAGCGAAGGGAGAAGCGAGAGAAUGGCGACCGCCGACGUUAA